AUGCCCGAUCCGCAAAAGCGACUCGCCCGUAACGGCGUUGCCGCUCGCCCAGCUGGCGCGAAGACAUCUCCUCUUCCUGUUCCUCUUCCAAGCCUCGAGGCCGCUGCUCCAAAUAGCGCUGCUCCAAAUAGCACGAUAAUACCGCCGCUGCCGUCGCCCAACUCUAUCAGAGUAGCCGCACCGGUUCCUCUCAAGCGAGGAGCCGCCGCUGCGGAUUUGACCAGCGGCGUCUCUGCCAAAGAGCGUAGGCGACCCUCGGAUCUCGUCGCACCGGAGAUUACGUAUCACGUUCCCCAGGCAAACCAGCAUGGCCGGCUCUCUUCACUGGUGAGGCCUCAUGGACCCUCUGCGCCGCCUCCAAGACUAGACAAAAUAACGACAGCCCCAAUGGUCAUUACACCAGUACUGCCACCUAAGCCACCGACAUUGCCCGUGUCCGAUCGACCGCCGCCGAGAACAGAUCGCAAUAUUGACAAGGUUGUUCUGGGGAACCUGUGCUUCCGGACGUGGUAUCCGAGUUACUACGGGAAAGAAGUGCUGGGGGCUACAUCAGGCAAUGCAAAGGGGGGCAGCAAGGACGGCCCCGUGGAGACAGGCGGAAAGGCGCCAGCAAAGAAAGAGAAGGACGGCGUUCCCAUGUUAGAGAGGCUGUACGUCUGCCCUUGCUGCUUCAAAUAUGCCAAAGAGCUUGUGGCUUGGUGGGGUCACGUCAAACUAUGCCAGCAGCGAGCUCAUGUACCAGGGAAGAAGGUUUAUGUUCAUCCCAAAGGCAGGCGGAUGGUGUACGUCGCUCAGGAUGGCAGCCGGGGCCCAGGACAGAAGAAGCGGCGAGGAGAAGGAAACAUACGCUACGUUGAAGAAGUUGUGCAGGAUGAGGGCGAAUGGAGCCUUUGGGAGGUGGAUGGAGAGCAGGAUGUGCUCUUCUGUCAGAAUCUAUCGCUCUUUGCAAAGCUCUUUUUAGAUAACAAGUCAGUCUUCUUUGACGUGACUGGUUUCAACUACUUCCUGUUGGUAUAUACACCACCAACAGUGGCGGCACCAUCCGGCACGGCUGCUCCUCCGGCAACACCACAAAUCACAGGCUUCUUCUCAAAGGAAAAGAUGUCAUGGGAUAACAACAACUUGGCAUGCAUCCUCAUGUUCCCUCCUUGGCAACGCAAAGGUCUCGGUGCCCUUCUGAUGGGCGCCUCCUACGAAAUCUCUCGACGAGAAGGCAUCAUGGGCGGGCCUGAGAAACCUAUUUCUGACUUGGGUAAGAAGGGAUAUCAGCGUUUUUGGGCCGGAGAGAUUGCCCGCUGGCUACUUGGCCUGGAAAUCGCGCCCAUGGGUUCAGAAAAUGCCUCAGAAACGCUGGUCGACGUUGAAGAUUGCAGCCAAGCGACGUGGAUUUCACCAGAAGACUGUCUGGGCGUGUUGAGGGACAUGGGCAUCGUGGAGGAUGCGGGUAUCGGACCCGGAAAGCCGGAACCUUUGGAAGAGACACACUUGCAAUUCUCUGAAGAAGAGAAGAAAAAGAAACAAGCAACCGGCGAAGAGGAAGGGAAGCAGAGCGGCAAGAGAGCGUCAGCCGAGGCAGAAGAAGAGAAACAACAGCCGAAACCGGUCGUCAAGGAAGUUCCUCGUGUCCGACUUGACAAAGAAGCGGUACGGCGAUACGUGGCGGCUCAUCGAAUUAUUCUAGACAAGACGUGUGAUCCAAACGGUUUCAUAGAAGGAUACGCUAUGAAGAGAGCCGAGAAGGCAUCAAGCGAAAGUGCAGAAUCCAGAGACGAGGCUUUGGCAAAAUGA